AUCUGUGAGGGACCCCCCUGAGUAAUAUUGCUUUGUCCCUCAAGUAAAGAGGAAUCUCGUCUAUUCUCGCGAUAGCUAAUCUCUAUACGAGAGUUGUGUCCAAAAUGGCUGCGCCCUUGGUUGGAAAAACGUUUUUCAGGAAUUUCUUCAUUUUAUCGAGAAAUUCUCUUCACUUACAAAAGGCAGCAGUGUGUGCCAGUAGCCGGGCCUACAGUGAAGGAGGAGGACUCCUGUCCAGUCUGUUUGGAGGGUCAGGUGAUAAGGACCUAGCAGCAGCUGAACAGGAGGUUCAGGACAUUCUGACACAGAGACCCACAAGAAAGUCUAGAGCAUACCAGCCACCACCAGACCUACAGGAUAGAUUGGAAGGUAUGGCAGCAGAAGUCAGAGGAGGACCAACAGAGAACUGGAGAAAUGUCAGUGUGGAGAACAUCAGGACUAAAUUCCAGGUUUUAUCAAGAUGCUACAAGGAGUUCGGCCAUGAAGUUCCUAGUACUGAGCUGGCAAACAUGAAAACCUUUCAAGAUGUACUAGAGUUCUACAAAACAGCAGUAGUAGACAGUGAUGUUUACAAUCAGCUGAUUGAAAAAGAUCUUCCACCAAAUGUCAACAUCCAAUGGGAUGCCUAUGAUCAUCUGGUAAAGAAGGAUUCAUAGGUGUAAGUUUCUUGCAAAAAAAGAGAACUAUUUGAACUGGUAAAAUUGUCUUUUCUGAAUGUUUUUCUGUAACCCAACUAGAUCAAUAGAAGAUGAUCGGGAUAUAUACAUACUAAAGAUCACUGUGUGAUUCGUGUGAAUAAAAAAAUUCCUGAAGACGUUAGCUAUUAAACCUAUUCUGCAUUCAAGUCAUUCAAAUAGUAUUUUGUAACCUCUGUAUGCUAUACUGUCCAAUUCUAUAUCAAAUAAACAACUUGAAAGGAGU